AUGCCUUUGCCUAGCCAGCACUGUGAGAACAAGAUCAAGGAAGGCAUUUGCUCUGCUGCUAGAACACUCUUCACUCUGGAGGACCAUGUUUCCGGCGGUUAUGGCGGUGGUGGAGUAGAACAUGGUGGAGCUGGAUAUGGAGAAGGAGCUGGCGGUGGUGAAGGUGCUGGUGCUGGAUAUGGGGCAGCGGGUGGAGGAAGCGGUGGUGCUGGUGCUGAGGGUGGUGGAUAUGGAGGAGGAGCUGGUAAAGGGGGUGGCGAAGGGUAUGGCGGGGGUGGUGCAAAGGGGGGUGGUUAUGGUGGUGGACGUGGAAGUGGAGGAGGAGGAGGUGGUGGUGCAGGGGGUGCAGGUGCUGGUUAUGGAGGUGGGGAAGGAAGUGGGGCUGGUGGUGGAUAUGGUGGAGGGAAUGGAGGAGGAGGUGGCGGUGGAAGUGGUGGAGGUGGUGGUGGGUCACAUGGAGGUGGAUAUGGGGGUGGUGAAGGUGCUGGACAAGGAGCGGGUGGAGGAUAUGGUGGUGGUGGCUCUGGUGGCGGCGGUGGAGGCGGAUCUGGCGGGGGUGCACGUGGGGGUGGAUAUGGAGCUGGUGGUUUGAGUGGUGAAGGUGGUGGUCACGGUGGUGGAUACUACCCUUGA